AAUCCCACACCUGGCCAAUUCCACCGUUCUUAUUGCUGGACACAAUGAGACAGUAUCCAGAUCUUCAGUCGGGAUCAAUGGACUAUCAAAUCGCGAAAGGAAAAGUGACUCUAACUCUGACGAUAGCAAAAGUUUCGGAGAUGACGAGACAGAUCAAAGUAGCAACGACUUCAGCAAGAGCCACUCAAGCCACACAACCGGGAGCCAUGAGCGGUUUGAUCGAGUACGACGAACCAUCCACGGACAUGGAGAUUCACCAUCAGUGCCGCCCGAAGCUGGUCGAUUAGAUUGGGUGAUCAAGAGGCGUUCAGUCAAGUCACAUUCAGUAUUUAAUACUAUAGAGGUGGUCUGCAACGCAUGGUUUACUUUUGAGAUUUUUGUUCGAUUUCUAGUCACGCAUUCAAGAAUGGAAUUUAUCAAAUCUCCAGUCAACGUGAUUGACAUGCUAGCACUUAUCUCUUUUUUUGUCGACCUUCUGCUCACUCAAAUAGUUGCUGAUGAGACAAGCUAUGAAGUGCUUGAGUUUUUCUCAAUAGUGCGUAUAAUGCGGUUAUUCAAGCUAACCCGGCACAUAUCAGGCCUCAAGAUUCUAAUCCACACAUUCAAAGCUAGUCUGAAGGAAUUAAUUCUUCUAGUCUUUUUCCUAAUAGUUUUUAUUGUCAUUUUUGCUGCUCUGAUGUACUAUGCCGAGAGAUUUCAGUACAAUCCCAACAAUGACUUUGAAUCAAUUCCUGUUGGUCUCUGGUGGGCAAUAGUCACAAUGACCACUGUUGGAUAUGGCGAUUUCGUUCCCAAAACGUACCUAGAACAAUAA